CGUCUCAUUGCCAGUCGAACGAUGGAUCGCGAAACGUGAAUAGUGACGUAGAGUGUGGACCGAAUUUAGGAAAGCGUUUUCUAUGUACAGACCAUACUGACUUUGCAUUGUUUACCUCACUGUUCACUGAGAACUAUUAUGGCAUUUACCGUGUUCUGAUCAUUGCGUACCUGUAUAAUAGUAGAUAUUUUAUCAAGACACGUGGUGUUAUUGUAUAUCCGCAAGUCGGUCGUUGGCGCAGUUUGAGUCCGUUUGGAAAUAAUUGAAAAUGACUAGCGCGUGGACCAAAAGUGUGUACCAAAAAUUGAGUCGGAAAAAAACGUAUGUGGAAGAAAUCGGAGUCGAAAAAGACAAAUUUAAACGAGUGUUAAACGUUGUGGAUUUGACCGCUUUGGGCACCGGUUCCACAUUAGGAUGUGGUGUUUAUGUAUUGGCUGGAACAGUAGCAAAAUCGGUUGCCGGACCGGCCGUUGUAUUAUCUUUCAUUUUGGCUGCGACCGUGUCUUCGUUUUCAGGAGUUUGUUACGCUGAAUUUGCUAGCCGAGUGCCCAAAGCUGGAUCCGCAUACGUUUACAGUUAUGUGGCAGUUGGCGAAUUUAUUGCGUUUGUCAUCGGCUGGAACUUGCUACUUGAACACACAAUUGGUACCGCUGCUGUCGCCAAAGCGAUGAGUAACUAUUUAGAUUCUUUACUCGGAGACCCUCAGAAAAGGUUUAUGAAAAAACAUUUUCCGAUACACAUGGAUUUUUUGGGAGAAUAUCCGGAUGUCGCAUCGUUUUUGUUCAUUAUGUCUAUUGCUUUGGUCGUGGCCUGGGGUGUUCGUAAAUCGUCAACCCUGAAUAACCUUUUUACCACAUUGAACUUAGUGACCGUGUGUACGGUCAUCGUUAGUGGAUUUUAUUUCGCGAAUUUAUCAAAUUGGUUCAUUGAUAAAAACGAUAUCCCACCUGGAGUAAAUGGUGGCAAUGGCGGGUUCCUGCCUUUUGGCUGGACCGGAAUGAUCGCAGGAGCCGCGAGGUGUUUCUAUGGGUUUAUCGGUUUCGAUUCGAUUGCAUCAACUGGCGAAGAAACGAAAAACCCCAAGAAGACCAUCCCGUUGGCAAUUGUCUUGACGCUGUUCAACGUCACUGUCGCGUACUCGAGCGUAGCGUCGGUAUUGACGCUGAUGUGGCCGUAUUACGAUCAAGAUCCGAACGCACCUUUACCGGUUAUUUACGAAAACCUGGGAAUGCCUGUUCUCAAAUACUUGGUCACCUGCGGUGCGGUAUUCGCGCUUUUUACCACAUUGAUUGGAUGUUUGUUCCCGAUACCGCGAAUCCUCUACGCCAUGUCCAGCGACGGGCUGCUGUUCAGUUUCUUGGCGACGAUCAACGAGAAAACCAAAACGCCUUUCACAGCUUCGAUCAUUUGUGGCAUCUGUGCAGGACUGUUGUCGACCAUAUUCAAUCUCGAGCAGCUCGUCGACAUGGCGUCCAUCGGCACACUCCAAUCCUACAUGAUCGUUAGCGUCUGCGUGCUGAUCCUCAGAUACAGAAAUACUAAUUUGUACAGCCGGGAUUCAGACGGUCCUGAAGUGUACACAAUUGCCAUGUGGUUAAAUUUAUCAAACAAAAAUGUUACAAACCGGGAAACCCAAUACGUGUCGAGAGUAUUGAUAACCAUUUUCACCUUCACUGCAUGCAUAUUUUGCAUUUGCGUAGUAAACUGGGACUCUCAUCAGGGCACUGCCCAGUUAAUACUAGACUUCAUAAUUUGUUUGUCAGUCAUCAUCUUAUUGGUUGUUAUGUUAAUGUUGAAGCGAAUUCCACAAGCAAUCGAAACGUUACCGUUUAAGGUGCCUUUUGUUCCAUUUGUACCAUGUUUGAGUAUAGUUCUCAACUUGUAUCUGAUGAUGGUUUUAAAUUUCAAGACGUGGAUAAGAUUCAGCGUAUGGCUAGUAGUAGGAUUGUUGAUAUAUGGGUUCUAUGGACUGAAACACAGCAUAGAAGGCAUCAAAGAACAGACGUCUAAAGUCGAAGAAGGCAGACACGAACAAAAAACCUCCAACUAAUUAGCUCGCAUAAUAAAUCGCUAUAAAUUUGUAUUAAUGUUUAUAGAUUAUUAAUUAUUAGUAUUCAUAUUAUAAUUUAUAUUAACAAUAUUUACAUCAGGUGCAAUUUACUGUGGUAAAUUAUGAGUACCUAUAUUUUUUAUCGUGUUUGUGAGUUUUUUUAUUAAUAUUUUUAUUUUAUUUUUUUGUAACACGUAAAGUAAAUAUAAAAAGCCAAGAAAAAACCUGACUAUUAUUUUA